CAACGCCGACAACCGCCUGGCUCAUGGCUGUGUGGGGCCUGGGAGGCCGCCUUGGCCUUCGCGGUUGCCUCGGCUCCCGCAGGCUACCUUGUCCCCGUUUCCAGAGCCGCGGGGCCCCGGGCGUGGAAGACGGGGACGGCGAAUAUUUAUUGAGCUUCUGCGUUGAGUGAUGGACUACAUCAGCGACUCCGCAGACAUGGAUGUGGGAAGGACACAGAGCUUGCCCACAAAGGGCUUAAAGUUAAGAGAGAUGGAGGGGAAAGAUGGCAACAAGAGAUGGAAGCUGAGGCCACAGCCUUCCUUGAAGACACCCAAGAUCCCCAAGAUUUACACCAAAACAGGAGACAAAGGGUUUUCUAGCACCUUCACUGGAGAAAGGAGACCCAAAGAUGACCAAGUGUUUGAGGCCGUGGGAACGACAGAUGAAUUAAGUUCAGCCAUCGGGUUUGCUAUGGAAUUAAUCACAGAGAAGGGCCACCCGUUUGCUGAAGAGCUUGAGAAAAUCCAGUGCUCACUGCAGGACAUCGGCUCUGCCCUGGCGACGCCACGCUCCUCGGCCAGGGAGGCUCACUUAAGACACACCACGUUCGAGGCGGCGCCCAUCCUGCAGCUGGAGCAGUGGAUUGACAAAUACUCCAGCCAGCUCCCCCCUCUCACGGCUUUCAUUCUGCCUUCGGGAGGCAAGAGCAGCUCUGCACUGCAUUUCUGUCGGACUGUGUGUCGCCGAGCUGAGAGACGCGUGGUACCUCUUGUCCAGACGGGUGAGACGGACGCCAACGUGGCCAAGUUCUUAAACAGACUCAGCGACUAUCUCUUUACGUUAGCCAGAUAUGCAGCCAUGAAGGAGGGGAAUCAAGAAAAAAUAUACAAGAAAAAUGACCCAUCGGCCUGAACCUGCGGCACUUGAAAAUAAUGCGCCUUACGAAGCCGUAUUGGAGCCGACGGCAAAAGGCAACACGUGCACCCCAUGCACACGUAACAAGGUAGCCUCCAUGUCUUGAAGCCAGUGAGAGAAGUUAACGAAAACUCCAGUCAAAGCACGGGACUGUAAAGCCCAAUCUGUUUGCACACCACUGUCAACCGUCAUCCAUGAUUGUCCCCACUGCACAGUAAUGCAGGGUUGGAAAAGAAACAUCAGGCUGUUUUAUUUAAAGUUGUGAUACCUUAUUGAUCAUAAGGGUUUUUUUGUGCAUAAUUUUGAUUUUUAAAAAUACUGUGUGAAAGGAUUGCUUAUGUUGAUGACCGGGGAUUUGGGCGCGCCCAGACAUUUUGCACCCAAGACAGUGCCUCACCUGCCUCCCCCUAGUCCAGGUCCAGCUUUCGGGAGCACAUUACGUACCGUUGCCAGAGACGAGCGGAUGGUUGGACAUCCCAUCGCAGAGAACCCCACUGUGGUCACGCCAGCACCCGGCUUCAUCUCCUGUAAACCCCACAGCAACCUUGAAGGACACACUCGUGUGCUGUCACUUUGCAGGUGAGGAAACGGGCUCAGAGAAACCCACUUGUCUCAGGGAGUCAGCGCCGAGAUGGGGGCCCAGGAAGUGGUCUUGUGACUCCUGGCCCAGUGCUCUUCGCCUCCCGCCCAGCCGCCACUUGACAGUCGUUUUAAUCACGACCUGGACCGCCGAGAACAAUGUCAGGCCUAAUAGAUUCUGCUGUCUCAUUUCUCAGCCUAGUUUCCCUUAACUGAUAUUUCAUGGCUAUUGUUAAUGUGCAUUUUUCACCGAGUAAUUUUCACAGCCCGAACUUGUAACACAUCCCAAUGACAAACGUUCCCAGUUCCGAAUCUCCCAUCAGCGCCAAUGUCACCCUCACCUCCUCCCCGGCACCUUCCUCCGACAGCCCAUCCAGUUUUAUGAUCGCUGUGUCCCAGUUAUCACUACUGAACCUUUAAGAAUCCAGACGCAUUUCAAGUUUAAUUGAAUAAAAUUCUUUGUAUGAUAAAUUCUGCGUGCAUGCUACAUAAAUCAGUGCCUGGAAGGAUUGGUAGUUUUGCACCCCUCCCCUUUAGACCAGGCCCGGGAACCCCACUGGCAAUACUGGACCCAGGCUGGUCCAGUCUUCCUUACCGAGGGGACUAGAUUCACCUUUGCAGCCCAACUGGGGGUGCAGUUUUCAUUUGCGUUGGCCUCUUGCUUCUCUUGUCUUGUGGAAGACACACAUGCGCUUGAGCAGAGGCAGGGAAUGAGCAGGCUGGGCACACCCGGGAACUUUGGGGAUGUCUCUUGUAUUCUCCCACUCCUCAGAAUCAGAAACUUCUGUGAAGGCUACACUCCCCCUAGAUACAUGCGCACAGACGUGUCCACGGUUUGCACACUAUUUGACGAAGUCUGUGGGAGCCCUAGGCAAGGACCCGUGUUCUAGAAUGGCCAGGGCAACCUGCUCUUCAGGAACAAAUUGGACUGACAAGGCUGCCUGCUCUAGCAGCCUUUGUGGGGUGUAUAUGGCUCCAGCCUUGACGUGUGAGAAAGGAGCGUUUGGGGUUGGCCGGGGAGGCUGUUGAAUGACCUUUGAUGCUUGCAAGCCUGCAGGGCACCGAACAACAGUCAAAUGCACGCCUUGUGGUGGCCUCCGGCAGACUCAAGUUCAAGACCAGCUCUGUCCCUUCCUAGCUUCAUGAUUCUGGGCAAGUCAUUCCAUCUUUCUCAGAUUUGCUUCUUCAUCUGUAAAAUGGGAAUGAUAAAACAGUAGUCCCUUCUUAUCCAUGGGGUAUACAUUCUAAGAUCGCCAGGGGAUGUCUGAAACCGUGGGUAGUACUGAGACAUAUAUACUGGGGGUGCCAAAAAAAUAUAUAGACAUUUUAAAAUGUGUAUACAUUUUUUUUUUUACUUUUUUUGGCACCCUCUGUAUUUACUAUGUUUCUUCCCAUACAUCCAUACCUAUAAUAAAGGUUAGUGUAUAAAUUAAGCACACUAAGAAAUUAACAGUAUGUAAUAAAAACAAUUAUAACAAUAUACUGUAAUAAAAGAUAUGUGAAUAUGGUCUCUCUCUCUCUCUCUCUCUCUCUCUCUCUCUCUCUCUCUCUCUCUCUGAUAAUGGAGAUGGCUACUAAGUGACUCACGGGCAGGGAGUAUACUCAGCAUGGAGACACUGGACAAAGGGAUGAUUCACGCCCCAGUUAGGACAGAGCAAGACGGCACAAGAUUUCAUCAGGCUACUCAGAAUGGUGCACAAUUUAAAAUGUGUUCAUCAUAUCUGGAAUUUUCCAUUUAAUAGUUUUGGACUGCAGUUGACCACAGACAGGUAACUGAAACCACGGAAAGCGAAACCACAAAUAAGGGGGCACUACUAUAUUGUUUACCGAAAAGGGCCACUGGGCGAGUUUAAUGAGGCAAUACUUAUUAUAAAAGGAUUUAGCACUCCUCUGGCAUAGAUGAGCUGCCAUUAUUAUAGACGACGAUGAUGAUGAUUUGAA